AUCAUUCCGCACCGGCUGCUGCAGGGCCAGAGGGAGCAGGUGGAGCGAGCGAGCGAGCUUGGAGCCGGAGCGCGCUAGACCCAGGGGGAGACUGCAGUGACGCUGCCGGGAGACAUGGCGGCCCCGCGCCUCUGAAUAACGGGAUCCGGAGCCCCUCGCCUUCCUCGGCCGCCGCAGCCCAGGCCAUGCCGCACCGCUGCUGACCGCACGCAGGGGCCGGCCCAGAGGACACAUGCCGCAGCAGCUGCCGCCUCGCCCCUGAGCCUCUCGCCUACAUUCUCCAUGUUGCAUUUCGCUUCAAUUUCUCGGGCAGUGUAGCUGCCUCGGCCAGCAGAGCCGUCAGGGUAUUGCUUUGCUCAUUCAUCCAGGCACACUUUUUCUUUUCCAUUUUUGCUUCCCCUCCCCAUUUGCUUCUCCCGUUCCCCGCCUGUUUUGCACCCAUCUCCCCGACCCGGUCACCCCCACCUGCCUCCAUCCACCGGGGCUAUGGCCGCAGAAGAGGUAUUGCAGACGGUGGACCAUUAUAAGACCGAGAUAGAGAGGCUGACCAAGGAGCUCACAGAGACGACCCACGAGAAGAUCCAGGCUGCUGAGUACGGGCUGGUGGUAUUGGAAGAGAAGCUGACCCUCAAACAGCAGUAUGACGAGCUGGAGGCUGAGUACGACAGCCUCAAACAGGAGCUGGAGCAGCUAAAGGAGGCAUUUGGGCAGUCCUUCUCCAUCCAUCGUAAAGUCGCUGAGGAUGGAGAGACUCGGGAGGAAACGCUUCUGCAGGAGUCUGCAUCGAAGGAAGCUUACUAUCUGGGCAAGAUCUUGGAGAUGCAGAAUGAACUGAAACAAAGCCGGGCUGUGGUCACUAAUGUCCAAGCAGAAAAUGAGAGGCUCACGGCCGUUGUGCAGGAUCUGAAGGAGAACAAUGAGAUGGUGGAGCUACAGAGAAUACGGAUGAAGGAUGAAAUUCGAGAAUAUAAGUUCCGGGAGGCCCGGCUCCUUCAGGACUACACUGAACUAGAAGAAGAGAAUAUCACUUUGCAGAAACUAGUGUCCACGUUAAAGCAGAACCAGGUUGAGUACGAAGGCCUAAAGCAUGAGAUCAAGCGGUUUGAGGAGGAGACGGUGCUGCUCAACAGCCAGCUGGAGGACGCCAUCCGGCUGAAGGAGAUCGCCGAGCACCAGCUGGAGGAGGCGCUGGAGACGCUGAAAAACGAAAGGGAGCAGAAGAACAGCCUGCGCAAGGAGCUCUCCCAGUACAUCACCCUCGGCGACAACCACAUCAGCAUCUCAGUCGAUGGCCUCAAGUUCGCGGAGGACGGGGGCGAGCCCAACAACGACGACAAGAUGAACGGGCACCUCCACGGGCCGCUGGUGAAACUGAACGGAGACUACCGGGCGCCCACCCUGAGGAAAGGGGAGUCCCUGCACCCGGUCUCGGACCUAUUCAGUGAGCUGAACAUUUCAGAGAUUCAGAAGCUGAAGCAGCAGCUUAUGCAGGUAGAGCGUGAAAAGGCCAUUCUUCUGGCUAAUCUCCAGGAGUCACAGACACAGCUGGAACACACCAAGGGGGCGCUGACGGAGCAGCAUGAGCGGGUGCACCGGCUCACAGAGCACGUCAACGCCAUGAGGGGCUUGCAGAGCAGCAAGGAGCUCAAGUCUGAGCUGGAUGGGGAGAAGGGCCGGGACUCAGGGGAGGAGGCCCAUGACUAUGAGGUGGACAUCAACGGCUUAGAGAUCCUCGAAUGCAAAUACAGAGUGGCAGUAACCGAGGUGAUUGACUUGAAAGCAGAAAUUAAGGCCUUAAAGGAGAAAUAUAAUAAAUCUGUAGAAAACUAUACAGAAGAGAAGGCCAAGUAUGAGAGUAAGAUCCAAAUGUAUGAUGAGCAGGUGACAAGCCUUGAGAAGAACACCAAGGAGAGUGGCGAGAAGAUGGCCCACAUGGAGAAGGAGUUGCAAAAGAUGACCAGCAUAGCCAACGAAAAUCACAAUACCCUUAAUACAGCGCAGGAUGAGCUAGUGACGUUUAGUGAGGAGCUAGCCCAGCUUUACCACCAUGUCUGUCUGUGUAAUAAUGAAACUCCCAACAGGGUCAUGCUGGACUACUACAGGCAAAGCAGAGUUACCCGCAGUGGCAGCCUGAAAGGGCCUGAUGAUCCCAGAGGACUUUUGUCUCCACGAUUGGCCAGACGGGGUGUGUCGUCCCCAGUAGAAACAAGGACCUCAUCUGAACCCGUUUCAAAAGAAAACACAGAGGCCAGCAAAGAACCAAGUCCAACUAAGACCCCAACCAUCUCUCCUGUUAUUACUGCCCCACCAUCAUCUCCGGUAUUGGAUACAAGUGAUAUCCGCAAAGAGCCAAUGAACAUCUACAACCUUAACGCCAUAAUCCGGGACCAAAUCAAGCAUCUGCAGAAAGCAGUGGACCGGUCCUUGCAACUGUCUCGUCAGAGAGCAGCGGCUCGGGAGUUGGCCCCCAUGAUUGAUAAGGACAAGGAAGCCUUAAUGGAAGAGAUCCUCAAGCUCAAGUCCCUGCUGAGCACCAAACGGGAACAGAUCGCCACGCUGAGGGCAGUGUUGAAAGCCAACAAACAGACAGCUGAGGUGGCCCUAGCUAAUCUGAAGAACAAAUAUGAGAAUGAAAAAGCAAUGGUGACAGAAACGAUGACGAAACUGAGGAAUGAACUGAAGGCUUUGAAAGAAGAUGCAGCCACUUUCUCAUCCCUGAGAGCAAUGUUUGCAACAAGAUGUGAUGAAUAUGUCACACAGUUGGAUGAGAUGCAGAGACAGUUAGCAGCCGCAGAGGAUGAGAAGAAGACUCUAAACACUUUGUUACGAAUGGCUAUCCAGCAAAAACUCGCCCUGACCCAGCGGCUGGAGGACUUAGAGUUUGACCAUGAGCAGUCCCGUCGCAGCAAAGGCAAACUUGGAAAGAGCAAGAUCGGCAGCCCUAAAAUUGUCAGCAGCCUGCUGCCUCCGUACCGCCACAGUGCUCACAACUAGCCGGGAGGCAAGACUGCCCAACUGUCAGUCCUGACGUAGCUCUCCCUGAGGAGCAGCCACAUUCCAGCUCGCCCUGCGCCCCUCUCCACUGUCUCUCCAAGCCUCCUUACCCCUAGUCUCCAGCUCCUGUGGACGAACAUCUGGGCUGAAGGUUCUGUAGCCACUCGCAGGAUACUGCCCAAGCCCCGGCGGGGAUGUUCUUCCCGGUGGUUCACUGUACAAUUGGAUUAAUGUUCAUCGUUUUGGAAGAGAGAAAAUUGAGAAGAUUGACAAAAAGCACAGACCCCGUGUGAUCAAACGUUUUAUGGUUCCUCUGAGUCACUGUUAAACUUCUCCAAUCCAAUGGCUACAGUUCAGUUAAAUUUCAAAAAUAAAAAGAAACAUGAAAUAUGCAUCUCAGAUGGCUGGCUUACCUCGAUAGCAUAAGAGAGACCUAAGACGAUGUAAAAUACGUAUAUUGUAAAAUCAUCUUUCCUCAUGCUCCAAAUUCAGCUAUAGAAGUUGAUUCUGAUAUUUUCGGUCAUUGAUAUUUAUUUUGUUACUUUAUUUGCUACAUGAUUUAUGUCUGUAAUAAAUAAUUUCUGUGAGAAGUGAAUUUAAUGCACUUAUUUUCAAAGAAGCAUAAUUUGCUCAGUUACAUAUGAGUUUUAAUUGAGUUUGAAAUCUGGAAUUGGCCAGAUUGUGAUCGUUUUUCUUGCACAAAAUGAUAAAUGUGGUGCAUCAGAAUGUUAACAAUAACUGUAUUUUGCUGCUACACUGAUUAUUUAUGCACUUAUUUUCUAAUCAGUAGCUCAUUAACUGCUGUUUUUUUUUUAACUAUAUUUCUUCACUGGACAUUAUUAAGUAAAUCUAAGAAAGAGACUAAAUUUUGUUUCAUUGACUUAUUCAAGUUUUGAUGGCAUCUUCAAUUUUUUAAAAUUGCAGUUGAGUAGAUGUACUGGUGCUGCUUCUUUGUACGUAUGUACGUGUGUGAUGACAUUAUAGAAGGCUAAACAACCUGAAAGGAAAAAAAUGAUGUGUUUAUUUAAUGACCAGAACUUUUUUUUUUUUAAACUUCUUCCAAAUUCAGGGUCCUACUAUGGGUCUUUCCUGCUAAAAGGUAUCAAGAACAAAGGAGAAAAUAUAUACAUACAUAGAUGUAAGGUAGCUUUGGCUAGUUAAUUUACCAGAAAGUGUUCAGAUUUUGAUUAAAAUUGUAUGUUUUGUUGUUAGGUUUUUUCAUAAUGAAUCUUCCUUGCCAAAAAACAAAUAGAUAAUAAACCUUAGCUCAUUGUCUACUUUUGACAAACACUCAGGUGCCUACAAUCAUUAUAUUAUAUUGAGAUAAGACAUGUUCCUAGUUCAUUUACAGAUUCUGCUAGGUAACUUUUAUGACCUGAUUUAAGGCAGUGGAUUUUCAUAGCAAAAUUUAUUUUGCACAUAAUCUGACAAACAAGGAAACAGCUAAUUGAGCUGAAAGGUCUAACACUAGGGCUCCUUAACUCUCAAGUGCUGCCCACACAACUGCUCCUAGCCCUGAUUCCUUGUCUUUGUCAGGUAGCCUUAACUAAUUUACAACCAUAAGGGUUUCACCUUUUCAUGUAACUUCUCUUCAGAACGGACACAGUCCGGCUGUUAACGUGAAGGACAGAUAACGGUGCAGGACACUAGCAGUGGAGGUUUAAGAGCUUAUCGAGUGGAAGUGGGUGGUACAUUCAUAGAGGGGUCCAUCCAAGGCCCACCUGUCAGUCAUUAAGCACAUUGCAGGAGCCUCUGUCAGUCAUUUGCCUGAUAAGUGGUGGUCAUUAUUACCAAAGCAACCAGGAGGUUUUGUGUUCCUUCUCUAAGUGCUAUUUUCAACAGUCAUUUCUUAUGCAACUUGGGGUAAAUAGUCGAAAUCUUCACCAAAAGAGAGAUUCAGGUUCAAGUACAGAAACAAACAAAACAGAUCUUCAUGAAAGCCCUAGUCACAGUAACCUAACAUGCUCCAUCCUACCAGUGUUCCCUUGCUGUUUC